UCUUAUAUUCAGGAACGGAGGGAGUAGCUUUCAUGACACUACAAAAGAAAUAUACUUUUAUGUUCAUGCAAAAUUAUUCAGUUCUUAAGAUGCAUCAACAAAACUUGUUGUUUGAGUAAAAUGAGUAGGAUAAGUACAUGGAGCACUCAUAUGCUUGACUCCCCACUCGAACAAUUUUCUGAGUCCAAGGAUUAUGAUGUGUUCCUAUCCUACUGGUGUCCUAAGCUGCCGACUUAUCGCUGUCACCAGGCUAUGUAUCAAACAUAGCUGUAAUGACUAAUGAAUGUACAUUGGAGAUAGUUCCAUCCCACUGCAUGGAAAGUGAAAUCAGACAAGUCUCCUAGAGGUCCAAACUUUAAGCCUAUUGUAGAGCAUUUCAUAAAUGCAAGCAAUACUACCAGGUGUUAACACCUGUCAAGAAUAAUUUGAAUUAGCCAGAACUCCAUGCCAGUGCACGGAAAGUGGAAUCAGACAAGAUUCAUAGAAGUCUGAGUUUUUACCCCUAGCCUCGUCGUUUGUGUAGAGCAUUUCCUAAUUGCCGAAUUACCAGAGUGUAACACCUGUUGGUGGUAAGCUUAAUCAGUUCUACUCUAUGCAUCAAGGUGACCUUCCUGGAAGUUUCCCUCUAAGCAUUGCUACGAUAUCUUUUGUAGUCCCUUUCUUGGAGUCACUAAACAACCUUUGAUCUGCCUUUGUUGCAUGGAUGGAUGGAUGACCACUUGAUCUUGUCUGGUUUUACCACUGUAAUUCUCUGGGGUGGUCAUGGCCAUUGCAUACUAUAAGUCUUUUGCUAGCUCCUAAGCUCCAAGCAAGUAGAAUAAUGAGUAGGAUAAGUUUAGGGUCAGAAGUGUGCCUCCUAGUGCGUAAACAAACUGCCUGCAUGUGGGGGGUAUGAUGUCCUUUUGAUAUGGCAUACCAUCCCCUGUGUGCCUCUAUAUAAAGGCCCCCCACUUAGCAUCCCUCUCAUCUCAUACCACACUAGCCACCAAUCCACAAGCCAUCUGUCUACCUGCACUCCUCUCUUUGCCUUGCACCAAGCUUCUUGAGCAUACCAUGAAGAUUGGAGGCCAAGGGAAGCUCAACAGGGCUUUCAGGGAGAAGAGGGCUAGGUUCUACAUCUUCCGCCGCUGCGUCGUCAUGUUGCUCCGAUGGAGCGACUGAUGGGUCUCCAUGACGGAUCUUGUUUUUUCCUUCCAUCCUAGGUUUUUUUUUUUUUUGGCGGCACUGCCAUUUUUUCAGGGUUAGAGUAGUUUAGGUGUAGUUGCUCUGUAUAGGCUAGACUUCAUCGUUUGAGGUCCUUUUUUCUCUCCACGGUUGCCUGUUGUUACAGGCAAAGGGUGAGAGAUCCAGCUCCGUAGUCUGAGACUGUCAUCUUCUUGUACGGCUGGAGAAAUUAAAGAUUGAUGUGAAGAUCAUUUCUUA